AUGCCCUUUACAAUGCAUACUCGUUCUCGGAGCUCUGGUAACAAAUCCUCCACACUCAGCCCACCAACUAAUAGUUCAGCUAUACCCACUAUCACCACUAUGUCCUCAUUGCAGGCUACCGUCACGGCAAUCACGCUCAGUCAGACUGACUUAGAUAAGAUUGAAGUUCUUGACCACAGCACGAAUAAUUGGGGUGUAUGGUCCAACUGUAUGCAGAACUACCUCCUCCUGAAGCACAGAGCAGGAUAUAUCCUGGGCCUUGUCACAUGUCCAGACCCGUCCAUAGACCCUGAGGAAGAUUUCCUUACCAUUAUGAUGCUCAAUGCCAUGGCAGAGGAUCUUCCCCACGUUCGAAACCACAUUGCGGAUGCCAUUACCACUAGUACAUCUGCUGCUCCCUAUGGCCCUUCAAACAUUCGCUCCCACCUUGAAGUUGAACAACAGAUCAUCAAUAUUGAGAAGUCCAAAAGUGGGGAUGUUGCUAUGGCUGCUACUGGAAGGAGUAACAAUGCCAAGAACCACAAUAAUCAUGAUCAUCCUGCCUGUGACACCUGUGGCCACACCAGCCACCCAACGAAAGACUGUUUCGGCAAGGGAGGAGCCAUAGAGGGUAAGCGUGAUGAGGUAUUGGCUCGUAAACGUGCCACUCGCAAAGCUAAAGGUUCAAUCACAAGCAAGGCUGCUGCCACUGGUAAACCAGGCAGCCUUCAGUAUGAUACCACAGGUCGUGCAUACUUGCUUGAUAGCAAAACUCACCAAGUGAUCUAUGUGGCUACCCCUGAUCCUGCCAACCCUUCUACCCCUUCAGCUGAAUUUGCUAGUCUUGUUAGCGAUACAAUCACCCCCGCCUUCAUCUGUGAAUUGUCGGCUGAGGAGGAGGAUGAAUAUAUGGCUCUGGCUGCAGUCGAAGCUCUAACUACCAGUCUCGACUGGCGUUUACAUAUACGACCUGUCAACUUCACUGGAAUCACAUACAAGGUUCCAAAUCAACAUCAGUGUACCAUCAUAGACCCUUCCAUUGUCCCACUCUUCUUAGACAGUGGCGCCUCCAUCCAUAUUAGCAAUGAGGAGUCUGAUUUCUUUAGCCUUCACCCUAUACCCCCUCGCGCUGUUAAUGGAGUCAGUGGCUCAUCUAUUCAGGCUGUUGGCGUGGGCACUCUAUGCCUUGUUAUCACCAGAGGUAUUCAUAUUACCCUGGAUAAUGUUCUGUUUAUCCCUGCAGCUACACACACUGCUGCACUGCAUCAUUCAACGCAACUAGCUGCUGGGUUCAAUCCCGUAAUGGCACCCACAUGCUAUCUGGCACACUGA